UUGUAACAAUAAUAACAACAUUCGAAAAAAUAAACAAAUAAAAAUUUUUCGACUUCCGAAGGAUUUGUUUGCUCUUUUUCAACAUUUUCCCGCGAUCUUUUAGAGAUUAACGGCAAUCAUGUUGUAGAACGGUGCAAUAGACGUUGUCGUUUUGUUUAGAGAUUUUAAACAUUCGUGUUUACUUAGCGAUAUUAAAUUUAAUACUGUGCUCAGUUACCACGAAAUUUCACGGACAAUUUGAUACAGGAACAAUCGAGGUUUUUCUUUGAAGCAAUCAAUUUGAACAAUGUCGAAAGAAAGGACGAAUAAAGAUAAUCGUAUCGUUAUGAAGUAUCCGCAGCCUUAUAAUCAGGAGACAGCUGUUAGAAAACAAACAAAUUUUAGUUUCAAGACGAGGGAGGCCGCUGAAUCUGGAGAAUUUGGGGAAGAAUUUGGGAUGAAGAUUUGUAAAACGAUAGUAAUUGGUGACGUUGCCGUCGGCAAGACGUCCUUGGUUAACAGGUACUGCAAGAAUAUUUUUGAGACGGACUACAAGGCGACAAUCGGGGUGGAUUUUCAAAUGGAGAUUUACAAUAUGUUAGGAUUACCCUUUAGCAUGCAAAUGUGGGAUACAGCUGGUCAAGAAAGAUUCAAAUGCAUUGCAUCCGCUUACUAUAGAGGAGCCCACGUAAUCGUUACCGUAUUUGAUUUGAGCGAAAUCAAAUCCUUAGAAGGCGCAAGACGUUGGCUAAAUGAGGCAAUAGCAGAGAAUUCAAGUCAUUCGCCAGAUAUUUUUCUUGUUGGAUCGAAAAAAGAUCUUUUGAAACCCAGUGAUCUGGAGAAAAUGGAGGAAUACGCCGUAGACUUUGCUAAAGAAUUUAACGCGGAAUAUUGGAGCGUGUCUGCAAAAACAGGAGAGAAUGUUGAUUUGUUAUUCAUCCGUACGGCCGCCCUAGCAUUUGAUCAAGCAGUGUUGAGGGAAUGUGAAGAUAUGCGGAAUAUUGGCGGAACGCAACAGAUAGGAAAUGCAGUGAUAAAACUAAAUAACGCCCCAGCGAGCAAAGAAGCAUCGAAAAAGAAGGGAUGCUGUUGAGCGAAAUCACUGGGAUAAAUUACAUCUUGCGCGACAGAAAGAGUUGGAUGAAAAAUGGAGUUCUACAAAAGUAAAAGUAUUUUAUUUUUCUAAAGCAGAAUAGUGUAGUACAAAACAAUACAAUCAUUUCAUGCAUAUAUUAUGUAAUGGUUUAGGGACAGAAUUAAGUUAAUAGGUAUGUGUUAAAUAUUAAAUUCAAUUGAACUAAGUAUUUAUGUAACAUGCACAUAAUUCACUUAUAUAUUAUAAUUUCGUUCUUAUACUUAAGAUAUUAAUUAGCACAAAUUAUGAAUGGAAUUAUAAUUAAAUUAUGUUUUUAGAAACUAUUGUGUUUUGUAGAGAUCACUCGCUCCCAAACUGUGUCUAAAAAGUCAAUGCAAGGGUUCGAAUUCUAACAUUAAGUUCGACUUGCUCAUUAAAUGGUAGCUAUAUGGGCAUUGCAAAUAAAUUUA